AUGGGAUUCCUUCCCACACAAACUGAAACCAUCAUCGCCGAAAAAAAGGAUCCCCCUCGGGAAUAUCGGAAACUUUCCCCGAAACAACCGAUUGAUCUUACAAUUGACACCCGCAUCACUCAUGCGGAGAAGCAUGCCGCUGUCGGAGGUGAUGAAUCAUUCUUCGUUGUAGAUCUAGGAGAGGUCAGCAGACAGCAUCAGAGCUGGAAGAAAAAUUUACCGAAUGUCCAGCCCUACUAUGCUGUGAAAUGCAACUCCGACCCAAUUCUCUUGAAGUAUCUCGCCAGCUUAAACACGGGAUUCGACUGCGCCUCGACCGAGGAAAUGCGCAUCAUCCUUGAUCUUGGCGUGCACUCAGACAGGAUUCUCUUCGCGAACCCCUGUAAGUCACAAUUAUCACUAGUCUUCGCGCAGAAAGCAAGAAUCCUGCGCACGACCUUCGACAAUAUCGAUGAAUUGGACUCGAUCAAGGCGCAUAUGCCGGAGGCACAGCUUCUGCUCCGCGUAUAUGCGAAUGACGACACUGCUAUUAUUCCCCUUGGGGAGAAAUAUGGCGCCCAUCUUGAUACGGUCAGGAUACUUCUCGCUCUGGUUAAGGAGUUAGGGCUUAACUUGGUCGGGGUCAGCUUUCAUGUUGGGACCGGAGCAAGUAAUCCUAGCUCAUUCCGCCAAGCCAUCAAAGACGCUCGAUAUGCGUUUUUGCAAGCCCACCAAUUAGGUCUUCGCCCUAGUAUCCUCAACAUAGGGGGAGGAUUUGAAGACAGCAGUUUCAAGCAGAUGGCUACUUCAAUUCGGGACGUGAUCGAUUUUGGCUUCUCAUCUGCUAUCACAAUUAUUGCUGAACCGGGUAGGUUCUAUGCACGCUCGGCGUAUACGCUUGCGUGUCGAGUUAUUUCUCGACGGAGGCAGAUGACGAGUGCGUCCGCGGCUGGGAUUCCGGACAUACUGUAUCAGAAUGAUGGUAUUUAUGGCAACUUUAUGAAUGUCAUCAUGGAAAAGGAAGUCAUGGUUCCCAAGGCUAGAGGUCGGUAUGGCUCAAUGCCCUCACUGGGUCAUUUUGAAAGGCAGCGAGAAGAUGAGGGAUCUAUAUACAAAUAUUCCAUAUGGGGACCGACGUGCGACAGUAGUGAUUGUGUGGUGCGAGAGGCAGCCUUCGAUUGCGAGGUGAAUAUUGGUGAUUGGUUGAUAUAUCAGAACAUGGGAGGCGAGUCAACCCACAUAUCUACCCCAUUUGGAUUUGAGAUGGUUUCCAAUUAA